ACCAAUGCAGCUACUAUAGUCGUCACCAUCGCUCUUUUUUCCUUCCCUUUCUUGCUUCCCUACCAUCGCUGAGUGUUGUUAUACCUUUGACACAGGGUCCUACCUUUCCAAUCUUCAGUCGUUCAGUCGUUCAGUCGUUCAGUCGUCUGCAUGCGUAUGUCUUUCAUUGCAAAGGCUCCGUUGUCGCUUGCCCGUGCCACCAUCUCCAGUCUUGCAACUCCCUUGGAACCAGCUGGAGGCCCAGGCAAGAUGUCGAAUAACCGUCAGAACGUUACGUGGGUCGAGGGCGUUCGCGGAGUAGCCUCGUUCUGGGUCGUCGUAACACAUUUAUGCAGGGCCUGGGACUACAGUCUGUGGUCACCACGAGACAGCGAGAAUGCCACUCCUCAGUUACUGCAGCUGCCCUUUAUCCGCUUGCCAUUCCAGGGCCGAAUCGGUGUAACCAUGUUCGCCUUCCUCACCGGAUAUGUAUGCGCCAUCAAACCACUCCGACAAGCAAAGUCCGGAAACAUCCCAGCCGCCUUGGAGACGUUGGGCAAGUCGGCUUUCCGUCGUCCACCCCGUCUAAUCAUGCCCGCGACCAUUGCUUUGUUCAUUGCAUGGUUUUUCGCACAGCUGGGUGCUUUCGAGGUCGCCCACCGCAGCGACUCCCACUGGUUCCGCCGCUCCGUUCCAACCAACAUCGGUGGUCUCGAUACCGAAAUCCCGCGAUUGAUCAAGAACUUCCAGACAUCAUGGUCAGGCGCCAACAACGAAUACGAUGACCAUCAGUGGGCUCUCCUUCCUCUGCUCCAGGGCGCCUUCCUCAUCUACGUCCUUUUGUUCGCCACCGUCUUCAUGAAGGUCCGCAUGCGCCUCUUUACCUGCGUCGUUUUGUUCCUCUGGUACUGGAUGCGUACCAGCCCUGAAAAGGAAACUUUCGAGUGCCAGUUCCUCUACGGUGUCAUUCUCUGCGACCUGGGCUCUGAGAAGGGCUUCCGCGAUUUCGUCAACAACCGCGUCAAGGCCCGUCGAGUUGCGGCCACUCUCCUCAUCAUCGUUGGCUGGUAUGUAGCUUGCUACCCCGGAGAGCACGCCGAAUGGUCCGCGUGGUCGGUUCAGCUCAAGAACAUUGGAGACUACAUUAUCCCCCAGGGCGCGGCAAGCUACCCCAAGCGUUGGACCGCCAUCGGAUGGGAUCUCAUGGUUACCGGAAUCUGGCUAUCUCCUUCUCUCCAGAGCAUGUUCUCGAACAAGCUGUUUAUGUGGGUCGGUCGCAAUAGCUUCGCCGUCUACCUCACGCACGGAACCGUCAUGAAGGUCGGCCUCGCACGAUUGAUCUACGGAUUCAGCACCGCGCCAUACUACGUCGAAGAGCCAAAGGAUGGUCAAGGCGAGGGCGUGCAGCAUUGGAUCCCCAGGUCUACCAACUGGCUAGUGUGGGCCAUGGCCAUUCCCCUCUUUUUCGUCGUCGAAUACACCAUCGCACAUCUCUGGACUACCUACGUCGAUGCACAAUGCGCCAGGGCUACGAAAUGGCUUGAGGACAUGAUGUUUGAGAAGAGCGAGGAUGAGAAGCACGGUGAGCAUACAGACGAGAACCUCCUAUCUCUCAGCGAUAAUCGAAUUUCAGCGCCGGGGUUUUUUCUAUUUGGUUUUUCCUAG